AUGUAUAUCCAUCAGCCUCCCAGCAACGCCGAAGCUGCUCCGCACAGGUCGCAACAGCCCGUGAACAACGACUGGACGGACGAGCAGACAGCGGGUGCUUGGGAAGAUGUGGCUUCUCAACGCCCAGCCGGUGCGACAGAAAACUCCAUCCCUCGACAAUAUAUCCCUGCGUCACUGCGGCCUGGUGGAGGUGCGGAAGUGGCCUUCGGCUCGCCGGAUGACGAAGACAGCGUGUGGAACGAGGCUCGAAACCUGCCGUUGGACCUAAAUCUGCCUGACCAGGUCCCCGAUGCUCUCCGGCCGGGCGCACACCGGGCAGAGACGAAUCCAUUUCUGAAGAAACAGACCCCCUCCCAGACACCCUUAGACACAAACCUCCAGGCUCCUCCAAUCACGCUGCAGCCGCCAACCGCCUCGCUGUCCAAUUUGAGCUUGGAAGAGACAAGCAUUCAGAACCCAUGGCAGCCGCCAAUUGGUACUCAGUCCCCUCUGCAUGGAACUGAGUUGCCCAUUGCAGUCUCACCCGGCGGCUCAGAAAUUGAUCCCUGGGCUCGUUUCACGCCUGAGCCACCCGCCAAAGAGCCCAUUUCUCCCAAGUCUGCGGAUCUCAUCUCUCUACACUCCAAAGGCUCGGCCUGGGAUGAUGAGUUUCCGAGCGAGCAUGGCAAUCCAGCCUCCCCACCACAGAAUGCCGCAAUACCAGAUGACCUCAUGCGUGAGCAGCAAGUCUGGGACGACUUGGGUUCUUUGGAUCCGGGCAAGGGCAAGGGCAAGGCAUCCGACAUUCCCGCGGCACAAGCGGCCCAAAUAGACGAUUGGAGCCUGAUAGACUCGGAGCCUUCAAGCUCACCACAGAGACAGCCGCAGGAAGACUCCUCGACAGAAGCGCUUGACGAAAAGCCAGCCCUGCCUCCCCGGCUUUCGGGAAGUCGUGUGCGAUGGACACCUUCACGUCCGCCAGUUGACGGCAAAGCCGAGACGUACCAGGUGAAGAAUAUCCGAUGGCAUGAUCCCAGCGCCUCCAACAAUCCUCGUGUAUCUCCCAUAUUGAUCCAGAAUGAGAAUGGCCCUUGCCCAUUGGUCGCCCUGGUCAAUGCACUUACUUUGACGACGCCCGAGGAAAUCGGUGAGACAGCGCUGGUGCAGGUCCUGCGCUCGCGGGAGCAAGUCAGCUUGAGCCUGCUGCUGGAUGCUGUUUUUGAUGAGCUCAUGUCUCCUCGAAGGACAUCGUCAGAAGAUUCGCUGCCGGAUGUCUCAGAGCUCUACUCAUUCCUCCAAAGUCUUCACACCGGCAUGAAUGUCAAUCCGCGAUUCAUCCCUACUCCGGAGGUGAUCGCCGCAUACGAGCAUACUUCGCUUACGGAGCUCCAUCCUCUUGAGCGACGAAAGUACAUACCCGGAACUUUUGAGAACACGGCCGAGAUGGGCCUCUAUGCCACCUUUUCCAUCCCGUUGAUCCAUGGAUGGCUGCCGCCACAUGACGAUGUCGUCUGCGCUUCCAUGGAAAGGCACGCUGCCUCUUACGAGGACGUACAGAAUCUACUCUUCCGCGAGGAGGAGUUGGAAGACAAACUAGCUACAUCCGAGGAGGGCCUGACGGAAGCAGAGCAGGAUCUAUACCAAGACAUCAUCACCAUCAAGAUAUUCCUCAACGAGUCAGCUACACAACUGACGCCCUGGGGUAUUGAAGUGAUUGCAAAGGCAAUGCGGCCGGGCACAUUUGCCAUUCUCUUCCGCAAUGAUCACUUUUCAACACUGUAUUGCCACCCACACACUCGGCAACUCCUCACGCUUGUGACAGACGCCGGUUUCCGAAGUCAUGAUGAAAUUGUGUGGGAAAGCCUGCUUGAUGUCAAUGGCGAAUUGAACCAAUUCCUUUCCGGUGAUUUCCGACUUGUGAGCGGCGAUGCAACAACUGGGUGGAGCACCAGAGCUGGCGAUUACGGAACAGACCAAGGCGGUGGCACUUGGACGACUGUCACCAACAAGCGCGGUAAGACGAAGGAAGCUCCACAUCAAGAGGAAGCAGGUCAGCCAAGCUCUACCACCGAACAAGAAGAUAGAGACUUGGCUCUCGCCCUGCAGCUGCAAGAAGAAGAGGAUCAGAAACAUCGUGAGGAGCAGGCACGCCGGAAGCGUGAACGGACGCUGUCGGAGCAAUACAUUGAGCAAGCUCAUUUGCCCAUACCCGUCAGCCGCCCCGGUGGAGGCAACGCCGGAGUCAACAACGGUCCAAGGCGCAACUCUGCAGCAACCGCUAGCGGUAGCCAAUCCCUUGCCUCGCCGCGACGGACCUCCAACAGCAUCAACACAAAUGCAAACAGCAGCGUAAAUGUGGCCUCUGCUCCUGCUUCUGCUUCACAACGCUCUCUGCCCAACUCGGGAUCGGUGUCACAGCAAGUUCGGCCUCUUGUCCCACCUCGGAGACAGGGAGUGAAUCGACCGCCUGAUAACUCGGAUGAGCCGCCGCCGCCCUCGUAUGAACAGGCUGCCCAGGUUCCCGCAUACGUCCCUCCUCCGGGGCACCCCAACCACCACGAAAGCAGCCCGGCGAGCAGACAAGUGUCCCGAUCGAGUGUGAGCACUGGUAGCGGACCGCCCGCUUCUGCAGCUAGAGGCCGCAGACCCGGAGCCUCGGUUCCAGGAGCCCGAAGGCCAGCGGCAGUGCCUGCUUCAGCGUCAAGUAAAUCAGACCGAGACUGUGUGGUAAUGUGA